CGAGCGCGAGUUUGUGUUUGGCUGCUCGCCGGGAACGCUUUUGUUUUCUUUUCGACGGAGGUAUUGGUGUCCUCACGCGCUUCGCACGCGGUAACAAGCCGAGACAGUGCUCCGGGUGAGAGCAGAGGGACGCCGCGGCCGCAGAGACGAGCAGUGAGCGCGCGAGCCGAAAGAGCAGCGAGAGCCGUGAUCGGGCGGUGCGGUGCGGUGAGGCGAGGCGAUGCGAUGCGAUAUAGAGCGCGGGCUUUACAUAAGCCUGUAGUGCAACAUUGUGGGUGCCAUUGAUAUGAACUUGAGCGAGGCUAGUGUGCCGUGUAGAAGAGCAGCGAGCAGAGUCAUGGCCGAUGAGGAGGAUUAGGACGUGAGGCAGCGAGUAGGAGGAGGAGGUGUAGCGACCGGGAAAUUUGUGCUUCGGAAAGCGAACGCGAAGACGAGUAGCAGCAGCAGCAGCAGCAGCGGCGGCGGCUAUCGGACAGUAGUCCUCGCUUGGACACUGACCGCUUCUGUGGCGAAGGAGGCAGCCUUGGAUAGGCGCUAGUGUGCCUGGUGUGUCAGGCUGUCGAUCGGAUGUGUAAUCCCUUCAAGAAUGAGUUUGCGAGUUGUUGGAAGCUUUUGUUGAAAGAGGUCGGAUUACGAGAGUGUUGACAAUUCGCUCUCCCUGUAAUUUACCCCGCGCUCCCAAUGCUUCUUGACCGUCGCCUAUUGUGUGUGUGGCGAAGCAGUAGAGGGGUGAGGUAGUACGUUCACUGUAAAGCGGCAUUUUACGCAGCAGGCGCCUCCGGUCGUUUUUGACCGAGCCCGAGUUAGCUAUAGGAGCUGAUCGAUACGCGGGAGCAGAGGGGAAAAGUAAAUUAGUGACCAAGAAUGUGAGUUGGCGCGCGCCAGGGGCAUACUGAAAGCGGUCGGCGUUUCAAGAAGCUUGAUAUCCUGAGGUGUCGGAGAACUGGGCCUGCGACAACUUCCUUGGUCAAUUUCAUUUUCUCAUCGUGGUAGGGGAGUGUGAUCUCAUAGUAUCGAACUUCAGAGCGCCUAGUGAGAGUUCUAGCGGACGUAUAAUCUUCGAAAAGGUGUCGUUCGGGUUUCUUCAGGUGCUGGCAGGGUUGAUCUUGAAGUCUUCAUCCCCGCCUGUUGUUUGCCACGAGGAGGAAAGGCAGAGAAGUGUGUGUGUUCUUACUAGGUAUUACUUGUAUUUUUAAGGAAAGCACAAUACUUGAAAGCAGGUUCACGGAUCGGGAAUUUCCACCAGUGCGCACUCAGGGACUUUGACCCAGUCAAGGACUGAUACAUAGAGGAGGACGAGCGGUGGGUUGGCUUUCGAGAGAAAAAUUGGCACUUGCUCCUUUGUCUUGCAUUACGAGGUAGACGAGAAAUCUGUCGAACUGUUUGACGCUGUGGGCAGCCACAAUAGUCAGUCUUCCCUGCGAUGGUGAUCAAAGUUAUGAGAUGGCCUCUCCGGGCCACUGUUUCCAAGAAGUACCAAGUGAACAUUGUCCUCCACAGGGUGGACGGUUUAUGCGUCGGUCAGGGAGCCGAUGAAGAAACAAGGCUGCUCGUGAACCUCAGGUGGAAGGGGCCAAGAACCGCUCUCGGAUCCCGCUUCAAGGGGAUGAAAAGUGUCCGGACCAGCUCUGUGCUUCUGGGUCCAAGUGGAGCCGUGGAGUGGGAGGAGGAGUUUGAGAACAUUUGUGGGUUUACCAUGACAAAGGAAGGAACCUUCCAGCCCUGGCCUAUCUCGCUUGUGGUGUGCAAGGCUGUCCCCAGUAUUUUGAAGACGAAGCCUUCGGUCUUGGGCUCGGUACCUGUGGAUCUGGGCGAGCUUGUGAUUGAUACCGUCAAAACCUGUAAUAUCAUUAAGCUUCCCGUUCCUUGCAACUUCGGAGGAUCGGAGAUGGAGGCGACUCUCUCGAUUUCAGUUAAUUUCUGCGAAAUUCGGACUCUCAUGUUCGAUGGACUCGAAAGCGUCCACCGGUUGAUGGCUCCGGCCAUAGCCUGUAUGGGUGAGCCCAUGUGGGACAGUGAUGACGGAAAGCCAACCGACGUCGUGCGGAAGAAAGGGAGAGUCCUGAAGGGAAUCAUUCCGAGUAUUAAAUCGAUGAAGAGGACUUCCAUUGAAGAGGAGAGGCACGAAGGUGGAAAGCUUUCUCCUGGCAGCGAAGGGAAGCUGUCUCCCAGAAGCGUUGUGAGUCCGCCAGAUUCAGAAACUCCAUAUGACUCGGAUGAGGUGGACGAUUCGGAUGUCGAAGAUUACGAACAUGCCGGAGCUGUAGUAAAGCUGCAAAAAUCAUUCAGUUAUGGAACUCUUGCUGGAGCGAAUCUGGUGGUUGAGGGAGCUAUUCCUUUUCACCGCGAGGACAGUGUGAACCCCGACGUUGGUGAUAUCAUUUCGAUUCACAGCAGGGCAAGCUCUUUGGCAUUCUCCAAAGCGGUAGUGGGCGAAGAAUCGUCAUCGUCUGCUGACUCGGAUGUCACUUUGGUUAGUCAAGGGUCUCUGAGUGGCUUAUUGUCCUGGAGGAAGAGAAAGUUGAGUUUCAGGUCUCCGAGGGCAAGAGGAGAGCCGCUGUUAAACAAAGCAUAUGGAGAAGAAGGUGGUGAUGAGAUUGAUUGGGAUCGGAGACAAUCAGAAUCAGGAUCUCCCAGCGAUCACCUGGCCUUAAUUAAGUACAAGGGCGAGGAGGGCUUAUCUGCCACAUCUUCCAAUGCGACUGAGGUAUUGGACUUUGGGGAUGAGCUUUUCACAGUUGGAAGCUGGGAAACAAAGGACCUGGUCAGCAGAGAUGGACAAAUGAAACUGUCGGCAGACGUGUUCUUUGCUUCAUUCGAUCAACGCAGUGAAAGUGCUGCCGGAGAGAGUGCCUGCACUGCUCUCGUUGCGGUUAUUGCUGACUGGUUGCACAUGCACCCGACUUUGAUGCCAAGUAAGGCCGAGUUCGACAUGCUGAUCAGGGAUGGAUCUGCAGAAUGGAGGAAAUUAUGUGAAGUAGAGGCUUACAAAGAUCGCUUCCCUGACCGACACUUUGAUCUGGAAACCAUUCUACAGGCAGAGGUGAGGCCGUUGUGUGUUGUUCCAGAGAAAUCUUUCAUAGGAUUCUUUCAGCCAGAAGGGUUGGGAGCCUCCUGCGACUUUCUCGAGGGUGCCAUGUCGUUCGACGGUAUAUGGGAUGAGAUUGAAAGAUGUGGACCUGCAGUAUACAUCGUGAGUUGGAAUGAUCAUUUCUUCGUCCUUAGAGUGGAAGAGCACUCAUGCUACAUUAUUGACACCUUGGGAGAGAGAUUGUAUGAGGGAUGUAAUCAGGCCUACAUUUUGCACUUCGAUGAAACGACGUCUUUGUGCAAUGUACCUUUAAAGCAAACUAAAGAUACAAAAGUUGUGCCGGAGGAGGCGACGGGAACGGAAGAUGCCGUUUCUAGCGAUAAGAACGAGAAAAGUAGGCAAUCAGAAGUAGGAGUUGGAACUGUGGAAUCUGCACCCGAAGGGAACUUAGCAGAGUGUUCUUCAGGAGACACGGUACAUGUGGGAAGGGCUGCGUGCAGGCAGUUUAUCAAGGGAUUCUUUGCUGCUUUGCCCUUGAGGGAGCUACAGAUAGACGUGAAGAAGGGUCUGUUGGGAAAAGCUCCAUUACAUCAUCGCCUGCAAAUUGAGUUCCACUACGCUAAGGCUCUACCGUCUUUCCCCAGUUCUAGCAUGUUAGGCCUCAGUUUUUGAAGAGCAAUAGAAAGGGAAUGCUGCAGAGAUGUAGGGUUUAGUUGGGUUAAAUGUAUUCAUAGCUGUACUAUUACGCGUUGGUAGUUCAGGCACGACUGACUCUACCCAUCUUGGAUUGUGCCACACUAAUGUACUCCAUAUUUUUAAUUGGCCUUCCUGUCCAUGGAAACUAUUCUCUGGACAGAGACUGAUGGUGACGGAGAAUCUAGACGGACUAGAGCCGACUGGAGCAACCAAAGCGCAUGACUUUUUGACCUUCCCCAAUAGACACAUGGUGUUUUUAGGUAAUAAGCUCAGGGGAAUCUUGAAGCGUCUUAGUUCACAAGACGAUCUUGGGUAUUAUAGUGGUCUUCUCUAAAGAUGUUUGUCAUAGGAGAGGCAUGAGGUGACUGUGAGUUUAAAAUCUGGCUUACCCAAGGGAAAAGAAUGAUAUCUCUUGGACCGGUGUUUGAUGAAGGAGAUAUACCAAGAGAGAAGUCCACACGUCCUCUUCAUUCAGGUGUACACUAGUGAACUUUGUAGCUGACAAGUACUAUUUGGCGUCCCGCAGCAUGUCUUACUGUGACAUUCAUAUGCACUGAAAUUAUGUGUACAUAAGAGCCUAGAACAGGCAGCGACAGUUUUCAGCUACUUGCUUGUGUAUACUCGGAUUGGUUGAUGUGAAUUUGUCAACUGUGUAAUACCGGAUGGAUUUUGCUCCGCGGUUCUAUGUGAAGAAUAUAUAGACAUGAG